AUGAAUGAUUUGUUAGACAAAGAAGAUACUGAUGAUGGCGGUGUGGUUGAUAUGAUGUGCACUUCUGAAGCCGCUAUUAGCCGACAAACAGAUAACGAUGAGAAAGGUGAUGAUUUCCAAGAUGCAAUGGAUUCUCUUCUUCAAGGUACUGAUGACAAAUGGUAUGAGGAUGUCGAACCUGACUUGACAAAAACACUCGAUGAGGUUGGAGAUGCAAUGUAUGCUAUUCUUAAAGAAAAUAUUAAUAACUAA